CUUGUGACUUGUGAGCUUGGACAGGAUAUAAACCGAUCGUCUGCUGUCUCUAGACGUCCUCGUGCACGUCGGAGCAACCUCUCUCCCACCCAACAAUCCCUCUUAGCCCCCACCAUGAUCCACGUCGGCCUCCUCCUCUUCCCCGGCGUGCAACAGCUCGACAUCAUUGGGCCGCACGACGUGCUCACCGGCCUUCCGGAGGUGCAAACCCACAUGGUCUGGAAGACGCUGGACCCCGUGGCGGCGUCCACGGGCCUGCGCAUGUUUCCGGACACGACGUAUGCCUCGUGCCCACCCCUCGACGUGCUCAUCGUGCCGGGCGGCGGGGGGGUAAACGCGCUCCUGACCGACGCCGAGACGCUGGUCUGGCUGCGCGCGACCUCGCGGCGCCUCACGCACCUCUGCUCGGUAUGCACGGGCUCGCUUAUCCUCGCGGCCGCGGGCCUGCUGCGCGGCCGCCGGGCGACGUCGCACUGGCGCUUCCGCGAGCUCGUCGCCGAGGGCGGCGGCAUCCCCGUCGCGGAGCGCAUCGUCACCGACCGCGGCCAAGAGGGCACGUAUACCGUCAUGAGCGGCGGGGGCGUGACUGCCGGCAUUGAUUUUGCGCUUGCGCUCGCGGCCGAGCUGGUGGGGCAGGACGAGGCGAUGCGGAAACAGCUGUAUCUCGAGUAUGCGCCGGCGCCGCCGUUCGAGGCGGGCGACCCCGAGACGGCGCCGGCGCAUAUUUUGCAGCAGUCGCUCGAGGCGACGGCGCCGAAUGUCGCUGCGCGCAGGGAGAGUGUGCGCGCUGGGGUGGCGAUGACGGCCAAGCUGGAGGCGGAGGGAAAGUAGAUGUAGGCAUGAAGCUGGGUAUGUGGACUGAG